CCCGUCGUCGUCUGCUGUAACGUCAUAUCGCCGUGGACCGCGCAUAUCGAAUCGCGACCGCUUGCGAUAUACCCGUGUCGUCGUCGGAGUGUUUGAGUUUGGUGUGCGGUUUUUCUGUUUUGUAUAAGCGUCGAGCAAUGUUCGCCUGGCGUCAGGCCAACCGCGCGUUUUGAAUAUCUACAAGACAACGAGAAUCGUAUUUUGUUUGACCGUCGGUUAAAUGGGUUUGCCGCCAAGUCGGUCGGUUUGCUGUUAAAUUCUAUCCGGUUUGCUUUGCACAAGAGUAAAUCCGAUACCGCCGCGGUAACGAUGUCCGGUAAAACUGUAACGAUCCUUUUGUGCGCGUACGCCGUUGCCGUGUUCGCGCCGCCGGCCACCGGAUUGGCCAUGACCGACUCGAUUGAUCCGUGCUACGAUGGCGACCGCGCUCGCCGGUGCGUGCCGGACUUUGUGAACGCCGCGUACGGCGGUCACGUGGAAGCCACCAGCACGUGCGGAGUCCGAGGCCCCGAACGAUUCUGUGAACUAGGGCCCACGUCGCAGGGCGUGUGCCACGUGUGCGACGACAGCCAGCCCAAGCGCCGCCACCCCGCCGCAUACUUGACCGACCUCAACAACCCGUACAACGCCACAUGCUGGAGGUCCGAGACGCUGGUGCCGCAACCGGUGGACCCGGCGUCUUCGCUGCCGCCGCCCGAUAACGUGACCCUGACGCUUUCGCUUGGCAAAAAGUACGAGCUUACGUACGUCAACUUGCAGUUCUGUCCCAAAGCCGCCAAACCGGAUUCGAUCGCCAUCUACAAGAGCAUGGACUACGGCAAGACCUGGCAGCCUUUCCAAUUCUAUUCGGGACAAUGCCGCAAGGUGUACGGCCGACCCAACCGAGCGACCAUCACAAAGUCCAACGAACAAGAAGCGUUGUGCACGGAUUCGCAUCGGUUCAACGGCGCCGGGUCGUCGGCGUCCCGCGUCGCGUUCAGCACUCUGGAGGGACGCCCGAGCGCGGUCGACUUCGACAACAGCCCCGUGCUCCAGGACUGGGUGACGGCCACCGACGUUAAGAUCAUAUUCAACCGGUUGCAUUUUCCCAUGGACUCCUCGAUGGCGGCCACGACCACAACGACCACGACCACGACCACUACGACCACGGCCGAACCGAAAUCGUCCGAUUCGGACGAGUCGUUGAACGGCAACAAGACCAACGCCGAUCUACUGAUUUUGAACCCGGACCAGGAGUUGCAAGGCCACGAACCCGAAAAGACAACGGUCGUCCCGGCGGUGACGACCGCGGCGGCCGCGGGUGGCCGCACGUACCACUACGCGGUGUCCGACUUAUCGGUGGGCGGCCGGUGCAAGUGUAACGGACACGCGUCUAGAUGUGUGCCAUCUGGACCGGGCGGAACCCUGGUAUGCGACUGCAAGCACAACACUUCUGGACGAGACUGUGACCGAUGCAAACCGUUCCAUUUCGACAGACCCUGGGCCAGAGCCACGGUUCGCGAUCCCAACGAAUGCAAACCGUGUAAUUGCAACGAACACGCCAAAAGGUGCCGGUUCGACAUGGAGCUGUACAAACUGUCGGGUCGGGUGAGCGGCGGCGUGUGCCUCAAGUGCAGACACUUCACGGCUGGCAGAUACUGUCAUUAUUGCAAAGAAGGAUACUACAGGGACCCCACUAAGCCCAUCACUCAUCGGAAGGCUUGCAAAGCUUGUGACUGUCACCCAAUCGGAGCUUCCGGAAAGACAUGCAACCAGACCAGUGGCCAAUGCCCGUGCAAAGAUGGCGUGACCGGCAUAACGUGCAACAGAUGCGCCAAAGGAUACCAACAGAGCAGAUCGCAUAUCGCACCGUGCAUAAAAGUACCGUCUAAGAUUUCGGUGAACCAAAUGUCGGCCGAUGCUCGUGCCGGAGGCGGAGGAGACGAAGGAGACUACGACGACGACGAGGAAGAUCAUCAAAAGAAAUGCGGAAAAUGUCGUUCCGGUACCAGAAGAUUGAAUUUGAAUAAAUACUGCCGAAGAGAUUACGCCAUAUUGGGGAAAAUGUCUGAACCGACAAUCGUUAAGAACUGGGCUAAAUUCACCAUGAACAUACAAUCUUUGUACAAACGAGGACCGGAUUCGAGGAUUCACCGGGGACCGACUACACUGUGGAUACACGAAUCGGAUCUGGCUUGCAAAUGUCCAAAGAUCAAGACAGGAAGACUUUACCUGAUACUGGGCAAGGAAAACGAAGGCGACCGCCGCGACGGAUUGGUGUUGACGCAGAGAUCCAUCGUGAUCGAAUGGCGUGACGAAUGGCACAAUCGCAUGAGAAGAUUCCAAAAACGAGCCCAGUACUGCGAUUGAUGAAACACCGACGGAAAAGCAAAACAAACAAACAAAAAAAAGCGUUACAAUUUGUAUUAAACCGAACCCCCAGAAUCUUACCCUGCAAUUAAUUUCUAGACAUUUUUAUUACAGUAGGUACACACACCUUACUGCGUGUGCUUGUUAUAGCAUAAUAUACAUAGGAACCCUUUGAGUCAUGUCGAGUCUAUGUAGAAUUCGGCAUAAAUAAUAUAUUGCCUACCGUAGUGAGUGCGUUUUCGUACAUAGCAAUAAUAAUAAUUCCAUUAGGUAUCUUAUGUCAUUGUCAUUACUUACCAAAGGUUUGGUGGUGGACAAAUAAUUGUAUUAGACAAAUUUCCAUUGCUAUCCAGUACUAUCUAGGCAACUAUAUAUGCAAAUCUAGUUCUUCUGAGUUGUGAAUUUCUAAUUAAAUAGUAGCGUAGCAGACACAUAUUAAUAUUUUUACUUACUCGACUUAUGUGUGUGUGUGUGUACGACGAUAAGUUGCACUUGCAAGUCCAGUGUUGCCAAAAUUCAAAAAUUAUACUACCGUACAAUGUCUUCGAAAUUACCGUAAUUUACAUUGAAUUACCGUACACGAAACGUUUUACACCAUCUUGGCGAAUUAUAAUACAACAAAGCUAUACAGAAUCCAUCAAUUCAUAUUUUAUGUACGGUAAUUACCGUACGUCUGGCGACACUGCACUUGCAACCUCACAUUAAAGACAUAUUGUGUGCAUAGUCUAGAAAGAAAGAAAAAAAUAUAUUGUGUUUUUCGAUUAGUCAUUCGCGUUUAGAACUUUGGUGUUCAAAUCUAUAUAACAUAUAUAUUAUUAUUAUAUACUUAAAUUUAAUUAUCGAUGAUAUAAAAAAAAAAACACUAAAAUACUAUUAUCCAGUCUUUAUUAUAAUAUAGUAAAAUAAGUACAUAAUAUAAUAUAAUCGACGGUAUAAUAAUUAUACCUUUAUAGUAAUUCAUUUUUUAGCCCCUUCCCCCCUUAGACUAAUAAUUAUUUAUACCUCUACUAGUAUUUUCCUAUUGAUUUUUUUUUUUAAUUUGGAACCUUCGCUUUUUUGAGUAUUAUAUUAUGUAUUUUUUUUUUUUUAUACUAGGUACUUGUAUAAAGUGUACGAUUAUUAUUUUUGUAUUAUUUAUUAAAACAUAUAUAAUAUUUACUCGCCAAGAUAUUUACAAGAGCAUAUUAUAAUACCUAUUAGAAAGUGUGUAAAUAUUGCGGAUGGGAUUUUAAAUCUGGAUAUUCCUACCACAAGUAAAUAUAUAUAUAUAUAUAUAUAUAUAAUUAUUAUGAAACUCGUUUUAUAAUAAUAAUUAAUAUUACUAUUAUUGCGACAAAACAUUUUUAUUUUUUAUUUAUAUAAUUAUAUUUGUUAUCUAAUUUUGUGUUAAUUACCCAUUUGUAUAUUUUGUAAUCCCUUCCUACCCACAAUUUAAUUUAUUUGUAACAUUUU